UUAUACUUACCAUUUCAAUAAAAAUGACUUUUUUACUUCUCCAUUAUCAGUUCGCCAAUUGGAUUUUGUACUUGCUAUGGAGAGAGCAAAAAGAUAUACGCCUCCCCUCCUGCCUAUCUCUCAAACUCUGCACAUCUACAGAGGUAGGCCAUCCAGAGAAAAAGUAAAUCUCAAAACCACAAAAGCCAGAGCCAAUACCCAAAACAAACUUUUUUUUGAGCAAAUCAAGGCACUCCAAUCCAACCCUUCAAGGUUUCCCAGUUUUAUCAAAAACCCACUCCUCAAAUCCUUCAAGCAACUUUCAUAACUGUCAUGAUUUGAUCUAUCAACAUUCAACACCUACACACAGAUGGGUUUUCGCUCAAAACCCUUUUCCCUCCUCCUCUGUCUCUCUCUUCUUCUCUUUACCAAUCUAGCUCAAUCUGCCACUGAUUAUAAUACUUUGGUGUAUAAGGGCUGUGCAAAACAGGCUUUUCAAGAUCCAACUGGUGUAUACUCACAAGCCCUCUCCGCUCUCUUUGGUUCUUUAGUUUCCCAGUCAACUAAAACCAAGUUCUUUAAAACCACCACUGGGACGGGCCAAACCACAAUCACUGGUCUCUUUCAAUGUAGAGGAGACCUUAGUGUUGGUGACUGCUACAAGUGUGUCAGUGGACUGCCUGUGUUGACUGACAAACUCUGUGGCAAAACCAUAGCUGCAAGAGUCCAGCUUUAUGGAUGCUACAUUUUGUAUGAGGUUGCUGGGUUUACUCAAGUUUCUGGUAUGGAAAUGUUGUUCAAGACUUGUGGAGCUACAAAUAUAGCAGGAAGUGGGUUUGAAGAGAGAAGGGAUACUGCGUUUUCAGUGAUGGAAAAUGGUGUGGUUAGUGGUCAUGGGUUCUAUACUACCAGCUAUCAAUCUGUGUAUGUUUUGGGUCAAUGUGAAGGUGAUGUGGGGGAUUCAGAUUGUGGUGAAUGCGUGAAAAAUGCUGCGCAGAGAGCUCAGGUUGAAUGUGGGAACGCUAUUUCAGGGCAAAUCUAUUUGCAGAAGUGUUUUAUUAGUUACAGUUAUUAUCCAAAUGGGGUCCCAAGGAGAUCAUCAUCGGCAUCUUCAUCAUCUUCUUCAUCUUCAUCAGGGACAGGGCAAAAUCCAGGAAAGACAGUAGCUAUUAUAUUAGGAGGUGCUGCUGGAGUGGGGUUCUUGGUUAUAUGCUUGUUGUUUGCAAGAGGUUUGAUGAAGAAACAUGAUGAUUUUUGAGAGCAAGAGAUGGAUCUUAAAAGAGGCGAACAUCCCUUUUUUGAGGUUGGAUUCUUCCAACAUUCCCAUUUUUUUUCUAAAGUAAAAGUUGGGUUCAAAUUUUUGGUGGAGAAAUAUAGGUAGGGAUGGUAAAUGUGGGGUCUUUAUUACAUUCUGAUGGGAGAGUUUAUUGGGAAGGCAAGCAAAUUAGGGAAUUAAUUGUGUAUUUUUUUUUUACAAAGGUGAAAAGGAUGUUAAAAUGAAUGUUUGCCAUUGGAUGGAUUACAGAGAAGGGUUGAAAUGAAGUAAUGAAUGGGUUUUGGCCUUUUUUUUCUCUAUGGCCAUGUCCAUGUGGAUGUUUGUCUCUUUUUUCCAGUUAUCCAGGCUUAAGCUUCUCUAUUUC